AUGGCAUUGUCGCUUGCUCUUCGGUCAAGCAUGCGCCUCACUUUACGUGAGGCCCGCUCAGUGGUCACAGGUCCUUGUGCACAAUGCAAGACCAGUGCAAUAUGCAAGUCGUUAUGCAUCCGGAGAUCGUGCACAUUUCUGGCGGACAAACUAGCUGUGAGAUUGAGUUCCAGCUCUUGCAGUCAGCGGGACUCGCUGCCAGAUCUAAAAGCUUUGCGCAAAACCACUUCGUCCAUAAUGAGACUGAAACGCACGGGCGACUGGGAGCAGGCAUUCUUCUUGCUAUUUGCAUCCUCUCACGUCCUUCCAGACAUAAUGGCGUUCACUGCCACGGUGGGAGUCUGUGCACAAGCUUCGGCUUGGAGAUCUGCGCUUGCACUGCUGGAGAGGCUUCACUCAAGAGCCACUCCGGACCGUGGGUUUUGGAAUGCUGUCGGUGCGGCAUGUUCUGCAGCCGGAAAGUGGCAGCUUGCGCUCUGGCUCCUUCUGGAGGCCCCACGGUCUGCAAGCUUGUCUCCCAACAUGGUUGCACUAAGUGCGGCAAUGACAGCUUGUGAGCGCGUGUCUUCAUGGCAAACAGUUCUUGAACUUCUCUUAGACGCACAGCAACGGGGCCUUGCAGGAGCACAUGCAUACAGCACUGCAGUUGUGGCCUGUGGUGCAGUCUUUGCUUGGCAACGCUCUCUGCUUCUGUGGAGCGAGUGUCAGAGACAGAGAUGGACCGUCAAAUCGAACGUCAUCGUCUUGAAUUCCACUUUGACGGCCUUGGAGCGGUCGACGGAAUGGUCGCGGUGCCUGCAUCUCCUGAGAAGUGGAGACGAAGCUCAGGAUGGCGGAAAUCGAGCAGAUGGCAUUAGCUACAGUGCUGUCAUGGCAGCCUGCUGCAAAACCCAAGAGUGGGCUCUGUCAAUCUCCCUGCUGGACGAGGCUCUGUCGCUGGGGCUCACCCCUAGCCCUGGAGCCUUCAGCUGCCUGGCACGGGCACUGGGCCACAGCCGCGCUUGGCAGCAAGCCCUCCGGCUUCUGCAGUUUCCAAUGCCACAGCACUCUGUCCUGGAUCUGUGGUCCAGCGUGGCCUGGGCUCUGGAUGUGGCUGGCGUGUCGAGUCUGGAGCACCCUUCGCUUGAGAUGGAAGCACUGGGACGCAAGCAAUUCGCUCUGCUGGAUUUUGUGCAGCGCCGUGCACACAGAGGAGAUUUGGAUAAAGUGCUCUCCGAGAUGCUGAAGUUUGCGCGGCGCCGGGAGUGGCUGAAGAUCGCAGGUGGAAACAAGUCCCGCCUGUUGGAGGCGGUUCUUCGUCCUGGUGAUGUUGUCCUGGAGUUUGGAUGCUUCGUCGGCUUCUCUGCACUACUGGCAGCCCGGCAACUCAGGAUUCUUGGUGGUGGUGGCCGAGUUGUUUCCUGUGAGCUCAAUCUGGUCAGUGCCCAUGUCGCACGCCGAAUCAUCAAUUGGGCUGGAGCUGAAGAGGAAGUAGAGGUCAAGAUUGGUUUUGCGGCCGAUUGGAUUGCGACAGGUUUGCUGGCCAGCCCGGAUGUAGUUGUGCUUGACCACAGUGGUGCUCGAUACCACGAGGAUCUCUUGGCCUUGGAGCCUCUUCGAUCCAGUACUCGCAUCCUUGCCGACAAUGUCCUGAGUCCUGGCGCGCCAUUGCUUCUGAGUGUCAUAGACGGCCGCUACCAUGUGGCAGUCCAUGAGGUGACGGAGUUCUUGCGACGCCGUCGCAUGGACUGGGUUCUGGUGAGUGUCCCUUUCGAUCCUCUGCCUUCCUGGAGCGGCCUUGACAGUGUGCCUCUGGAGCGCGAAGCCGAGACUGCACUGCUGACUGCUGGCGUUCUUAGAGUCUUAGAGCACCCGGUCCCCUUCAUUCGAACUCACGAAGGCUACGUCGCCUCUAGGCCCGACUUCGAGACAGGCUCGCUAGCUUGCGCAUCCAGCGGGCUGCGAUUGCAACCUCGAGCUUUUGCUUGGAAGGCUCGAAACGCUGCAGCAUCUUGCUUCCAAGGCGAGGGCAGGGCAACUACGGUCGCCUGUCUCCCUCUCGUCAGCUACAAGAUCUUCAACACCAAAGCACGGUCGGUGUCGCCGCCCAGGCAGCAGCAUUCAAUGACCUUGACCACUGGCAAGCCACUCGUGUCACAGUGCAGGUAUUUGCAUCCGACAGGAGCCGUAAAGCUGACGACGAGUGGGAGCCACUUGGAGCUGGACAUUUUGGCAGCUCAACCCAGGAGGUCCUCCGAAGACACUCCACCGCAGAUAGCUUUGGACGCGAUGCCGCUUCCUGUUGGAGACCAGAUUGCCAUUUGCGACUUUGAUAUGCUUUGUCACCACAAAGACUCGCGGAUCACCAUCGAAGGCGUGGAUAGCUGCCGUGUCCUUUCAUGUUUGUGGAAUCAUGAUGCUCGGGCCAGUUGGCAUGAGCUUGCACAGGGCCGGACAAAAAUGGCCGGAGAGCUCUGCAAUGCAGCCAUUGAAGGCGAUAUCGCGGAGCUGCAGAGCCUCCUCGAAGCAGGCUAUGACGUGAACGCAGGCGACUACGACCGCCGGACGGCCAUCCACAUCGCAGCUGCGGAAGGCCGAGACGAGGUCGUUGCAUUCCUGCUGUCGCGUAAAGCGGACACGACGGUUGUUGAUCGCUGGGGCCACACGCCCCUGGACGAGGCACUGCGAGCUGGACACAGCAAGGUGGCAGCAUUGCUAAAACCAGCCGAUGCACAAACUUCAUCGAUCACCUCUGGCAACUUUGAAAGACAAACGUCUGACAUGGAGACCGCGGCCAUGCUUUGUGCUGCUGCUGCCACUGGGUGGCUGCCGCAGAUUGAGAAGCUGUUGAAGAGUGGGGCCAACCCUUCAGCGCCCGACUACGAUGGUCGCACCGCGCUGCACAUAGCUGCAGCCCGUGGACAUGCAGAGGUGGUCAGCGUGCUGCUUCGUGCGAAGGCUAAUCCGACAGCUCACGAUUCCUUUGGCAAGACGCCAGUGGACGAGGCUUUCCAGCACAACGAUGCAGCCGUGAUCAGGGCGCUGGGAGCAGCAGGAACUAACAUUCUGGAUGAGGCUGCUGGUCAGAAAAACACAGACUUCGAGGCGCUCAAGACCAUGGCAGCAUCUGAGCACUGGUCGAUUGUCGCCUCGGAGGUGCAGUUCGGAAAGUGUUUGUCCACAACCAUCAAGAGUGCAGUUUACUUGGCGACGUGGCGUGGGUUGAAGGUCGUGGCAAAGACCGUUAAGGAUGUGAGGGCUUCCGGCCUCAAUCCACGCCGUGCACAAGAAGCAAGCGACUCCACAGUUCGAAUUGCACGGGACGAACUGCUGCAUGAGAUCAGGACCCUGUCCACUCUCCGGCAUCCCGAUCUCGUGCUCUUUCUUGGUGCAAGCUUGGACACUGAGACCUGCUUCUUCCUCACGGAGUACAUGGAGGGUGGAGAUGUGGAGACAUAUAUGCGAUCCAAUCGGAUCAAAGCCAACAACAAGGAGUUCAAGCCCCCAUACAAUGUUGCAUUGUCUUGGUUCCUCUCAACAGCCCGGGCUUUGGCAUUCUUGCAUGGUUGUGCACGACCCAUCAUUCACAGAGACCUGAAGCCUCUGAACCUCCUGUUGACGAAAGGCUUGGACUUGAAGGUGACAGAUUUUGGCUUGAGCAAAAUUAUGCGGCCGAAGCUCCUGGAUCUUUCUGGGAGGGACACGUCGCCUGCACCGAUGAUGUCUGGUGGUGUUGGCACAUACCGGUACAUGGCUCCAGAAGUUGUGCGAUAUGAGCAAUACACAGACAAAAUCGACAUCUUUGCGUUUGCCCUCAUCAUGUACUACAUAGCUGCAGGAAAGAUGCCUUUCUAUGAUUUCUGUGGCGAAGAUCCGGAGAAGGUGCUCCGUGCCUACCUGAAGGGGCAGGAGCCCAGACCAUCAAUGUCCUCGUCAUAUGGCACGCCAGAGCUGCGCAGCCUCAUGCAGGAUGCCUGGGCCGUAAAAGCGGAAGACAGGCCUUCGGCACAAGAGUGUGUCGACCGACUUCAACAGCUUCCGGCAGGGAAGCCAUCACGCAUGUUUGGCCUCUUUUGA